CGAGCAGUUCGAGCCCUGGGCGCAGAGUGGCGAGAUCCGUGUCGGAGCCCAUGCAUACCGCUACUAGUGGGCUUUGGCCUCCUCGGUCUGGUUUUGGUUUCUCUUGUCAGCUUGGGGGUGCAGUUGAGGCUUUGUGGUUGAGGGUGGCUUACCAUUGUACAGUUUGCUGGAUGCCAUGUUCUUCGUCUCGUCUUCGUGACUUGGCGGAUUCAGUGAUGACUACGCUCGUGAGAUGUCUGCCAAAAGUACAGGGGGUGAGGUAAUGCUUGAACUGCUCAAGCGGGAUGGGUUCUCUCUUUUCUUCGUGUGCGACUACUCGAUACGACGCUGUGCUACGGGCCGUGGCUACGGCAAGAGAACUGGGGGUUCCUGGAGCUUUGCGGCCCACUUGGUGCGGGACCCGCCGAAGCUGAUCCGGUCAAGUGGGAGAGUGCUUCCCUUCGUCUUUCAGCCGUCGCAUGAUCCGUCAAGCCAACGUGUAGCAUUCCGUGUCGAUAUAGUGAACUUAGGGCAGCGUCAGCAUGACCGGCGCUUAUGGCUGACCAAGCUGUUUCGCAGCGCUGGAGUAUCAGAACACACGGCAACCGUGUUCUGGGACAGACGGCGCAAGACUCUCACAGCCUCGGAACCCACAGCCGACCGAAAUCACCGAGUAUCUCAUCAUGUCUCAUACCUCUCGCCUGCUGGAUCUAGCCAACAGCCUCCAUGCCCGUAUUGCCGAAAUUCAAAAACACCUCUCCGACACAGGGAAGCUGGAUCCCACCUUCGACGGGCAAGAGGAACCAACCGAUUGGACCGAUAUCGACGACACGCGAGCCGCUGCGCUGGAAGACCUUACGGAGCUACGAGAUCUGCUCAGCACGCCGCGCGAACUGGUCUAUUCCCACUCAACCACCGAUCUGCUGAGCCGGCACGCCUUCGACCGCUUCGAUGUCUACGAAGCCGUGCCCCUCAACUCUCCCCAUCUCUUACGAGGACUUGUCGCAUCGCACCAACGUCCCCGUCAAGUAUCUGCAACGCCUCGUCCGCCAUGCAAUCACCCAACGCAUCUUCCAUGAACCUCAGCCUGGCUUUGUCGCGCAUACCCAGGCAUCCCGUCUGCUUGCCGAGGAUGUAAGAGUGCGUGACUGGUGCGGAGUCAUGUGCGAUGACAUCUAGCCUGCAGCAACUCGCACUGUCGAUUCCAUGCAGGUCUGGAUGCGCGAGCCCGG